CAAGUGUGCAAAACACAAAGCGAGUCCUCACACUUCUACUUAGUUGCUCCACUCUGAGAACUACAUCCAGCGAUUUUAUUCGGAACUCGAUCGUGCUACGAAAGAAAAGUAAAACGGGCACAAGAGUCAUGCUCUACUCCAACGGUUGCUUCACAGGCAACUCGCGGAUGCUCCUGCUUCGUAAGAUGAAACUCUUCCACCAGAUUGGCUUGCUGCUGCAGCUUUCCUCUGCGGCGCAGGCACGCUUUCUGAGUGGAAAGACCUCCC